AUGCAGCUUGCUAGGGGCGAUAAACCUCCGCCCAGAAAUAGGCCUAUCAUGCUCCUGGAUCAAAACAUGGCUCAAUCUGUAACACAAAGCACGGGUCAGUCCCCAAGUCGCGUAGCAGUCGAUAAUUCGAGUCCCAGUGGUCUGUCUGGACACGGUAAUUUAACCGGCAUGAACGGAGUGAUGGGAGGCACAAAUAAUGCUAAUUUGUAUAACCACAUGCUUAAUGGUCUGCCCAUUCUACCUAACCACGGCCUAGGGUCAUUCCAACCGCCAUUCCCUCUACAAUCGCAGCACGAUCCCCCAAAUCAACAGCAGUCCUUCCAAUCGCAUGCCCAGCCCCCGCCGCUACAUACCCCCUUUCCCCUAUUCCAAAUGGGAAUGGCCCCCAAAUUUAGAAUCAAACCCCCUCCCAAUCUACAAUUACUAUCUAACGAUGGUAGGAAACUGUCCGCAAACUCGGCGGAUCUCUUGAGGCGUGCCAAAAACUUGCUACGGAGCGGAUAUACUAUCAUGGCUCCGGAGCCUAGCGCCGGCUUUAAGAGCUCUUGGGGACUUAUGCUCCAGGAAAUGAACUGGAUGGCCACGGACUACCACCAAGAGAGGGUGUGGAAACGGAGGGUUUGCGAUGCGCUUAAGAUGGGGGUUAUGAGGAUGAUUCAGCAAAAGGAUAGGGAUAAGAAGGGGUGGGCCUCCAACCAAGCCGCGAAAAUUAUCUCCCAGUGGUGGAAACAGCUCGACUUGGUAUCUCAACAAUCGAAGACGGAAAUAGCCUCCGUAGGUAAACGCACUAAGACGUCGGUUCAAGCCAUGUGUAGUCAAUCUAAGCAGGAAUGGCGAAUGGGACGACAAAGCCCAGAGCUUUUUCAAUAUUGUUCCCGCGUUCAAAUCCAUCCAGAAGCACUGCAAAUUGAGCAAUAUUCAGCAAAUGUUGAGUUGGAGCCCCUAGAUCUCCUAGAAAAUCUAUUUAUUUCAGUAACAAAGGUCUCCGGUGUAGAUUAUGUGAGAAACCAGCAUGCAGCGGUCGAUCAGUACCUCUCUAGAAUGGAGGCGGCAGGUGCAAAGAUUCAUUCUGUCACAUUUAGACCGCCAGAUGAUGAGCUGGACUCUGUUUCGCUUUCCUUGAAUUCAGACGAAGAUUACGCGUCACUGGUACUCAAUGACUACGUGCUGAGGAAGAGCUGCGUUGUUUCCCCUAUUGAUUUUGAUCCUAACUUUAACCGCUUCAAGUCAUACAUGUGCCAUGUGCCCCCAAAACGUAUGCCCCUGCCCGUCAAAUCGUUUCCCCCUGUAAAGCCCGUCCAUGUGCACAACUCUACUGCAUCUCUGCCUGAUAGAACCACAUCAGUUUCUGCGGGAAAUACCAGCGUAGCUGGUAUUGGAAGCUGUGUAAAAGAGCCUUACUUACUGUCACACUUGGUGCAAAAGUACGGGAUGAAAGGCGUGGGAAUAAACUGGGAGCUUAUGGCCACAGCAAUGGAGAUGUACGGCAAUUCUAUGAUUUCUGUGAAUGAUUUGAAGAAUCUGCACAAUAAAAUCGAUGAUUCCUACCCAAAAAUGCCCCUUGUUGUUAUUGACAAGCUUUUUGGUAUGGUUUACAUGCCAAAAUCUGCCACUGAUGAACUAUGUGAAUUGGGUGAGGAUGUCUGUGUAGGGUGUAGUGGAGAUGAUGGCACAGAGAGGAUGAUCAAACAUGUGGUAAACAGUAAAAUAGAAGACCUUAUCACCCCUAUAAAUAACUUUGAAGGCAUGUUUGAGAUAAAUUGCAACGUCAAAACUUAUGAGAAAGUAGAACAACUGGCAGCAAAGUCUAUCAAUGAAUUCAUCGAGUGGUAUUCGCACGUGGACCCUAAAGUGGCUGGUCAAACAAAUUUACUCGAGAGCACGGAUGAUCUUCUUCCAGAUUUUUUGGCUUGCGUUGCAUUAAAAUACCCUGAGAACAACUCAAUUAUGCCCACCUGA